AUGGCCAAAAACAACAAAUAUUCCGUUAUCCUCCCGACCUACAAUGAACGUCGCAAUCUCCCCAUCGUAGCGUGGCUCCUGAACAGGACAUUCACCGAAAAGUAUUGCGCCUACAACCUUGACUGGGAGUUGGUCAUCGUCGACGAUGGCUCCCCCGACGGCACCCAAGAAGUAGCGAAGCAACUCGUCAAGGCCUACAGCCCCCAUGUCGUCCUCAAAACCCGAUCGGGCAAGCUCGGUCUCGGCACAGCCUACGUCCACGGUCUGCAGUUCGUCACCGGCAACUUCGUCAUCAUCAUGGACGCCGAUUUCAGCCACCACCCCAAGUUUAUCCCUCAGAUGAUUGCGCGCCAAAAGGAGGCCGACUACGACAUCGUCACCGGAACUCGAUACGCGGGCGACGGCGGCGUAUACGGAUGGGAUCUCAAGCGAAAGUUCGUCAGCAGGGGCGCCAAUCUCUUCGCCGAUACUGUUCUCCGCCCUGGUGUCAGUGACCUCACGGGCAGCUUCCGACUUUACAAGAAGAGCGUGCUCGAGAAGGUUAUUUCGAGCACGGAGAGCAAGGGCUAUAGUUUCCAGAUGGAGAUGAUGGUGCGGGCCAAGGCGAUGGGGUGCACUGUUGCUGAGGUCCCCAUCAGCUUCGUUGACCGUGUCUACGGAGAGUCGAAGCUUGGAGGGGACGAGAUUGUUGAGUACUUGAAGGGUGUUCUCACUCUGUGGCUGAAGGUUUGA